AUGGUUCUGAAGUUUCUUCAAGCCACUUCCAUGCAAUCAAUAUAUUGUGUUGUUGUUCUUGUCUGUGACCCCUCUUGCAUAUGUCGUCCACGAACUUUCAUUUCUUCUUUAGCAACUUGUCACCCUGGAGACAAAGCUAGCAACUUUUGGCGUAAAGAACAAUCUCAAGAUCUUUCGAGAUAUGUAGACAUUCUUACUGCAAAAAUUGGCAAAGGAAGCAGCAAGGAAGACAUUCUCCUGUCUCUAAUCAGUGAUGAAGUUGUAAAUGGUAUUCCUCCGUCUCUAAAUCUUGUUAAUAGAUUAUUAUAUCGGUAUAAGGAUGAUUGGAAGUCUGCAUUGGGGAUAUUCAAAUGGGCUAGUUCGCAUGCACACUUUAAACAUUCUCAAGAAUCAUAUGAUAUGAUGAUUGAUAUAUUGGGUAGAACGAAGGUAAUGGGAAAGAUGAGAGAGAUCUUAGAAGAGAUGCGUCAAGAGAGUCUCGUCACCCUCAAUACUAUAGCCAAAGUAAUGAGAAGAUUUGUUAGGGAAAAACAGUGGAAAGAUGCUGUGAGGAUAUUUGAUGACUUACAGUUUCUCGGCUUGGAGAAGAAUACAGAAUCCAUGAAUGUGUUGCUUGAUACUCUCUACAAAGAGAAAUUUGUUGAGCAAGCUCGUGAAAUUUACUUGGAACUGAAGCGUCACAUUGCUCCAAACGCUCACACGUUUAACAUAUUGAUUCAUGGAUGGUGA